AUGCAUCGUCCAAAUUUUGAGGUCGGUUCCUCUUCAGGAAAAACAUCAUCAUUAUCAAAAAUAACUUUGAAGAAAGGAGCUUGGUCUCAAGCUGAAGAUGUACUGCUUAGGGAAUGUAUUGAAAAGUAUGGUAUCGGAGAAUGGUAUCAAGUUCCUCGGAGAGCAGGCCUGAAUCGAUGUCGUAAAAGCUGUAGAUUGAGAUGGUUGAACUAUCUACAACCAAAUAUCUAUAGAGGAGAAUUCAAACCUGACGAAGUAGAUCUCGUCAUCAGGAUGCAUAAGCUUCUUGGUAACAGAUGGACAUUAAUUGCUGGUAGAAUUCCAGGAAGAACAGCAAAUGAUAUCAAAAACUACUACAACACUCAUUUACUGAAGAAAACUAGUUCCUCUAAACACAAUGUUGAGGGAAAAAAUCAAAUCAGCAUCACCAAGAAAAUCAGUCAUGACGAUAAUGUCGUACGUGAUCAUCUGGAGGAUCUAGAUCAGCAUACACACCCUUGUCCCAAUACUAGUGCUACUAGUAGCAUGACAAAAGUUAUAAGGUCGGUACCUAGAACUUUUCCUUCCACAUACAAGUGGAUUUCAAAUGAAGCAACAUCAACUGGAAUGAAUCCUAAUAAUAUUACUACAACUACUACCAAUAAUAACCGAUUAGUAACAAAGAACAAUGAUCGCGAAGAGAUGAUAAAAAAUACAUACUUGUCGGUGGAUGAUUAUCUUUGUCAUUUGGAACUAAAAGAUGAAGGACAAGUUAAUAACAUGAAUACUAGUUUGUUUGAUGAAACCAAAAGCAAAGACAUUGAGGUAGGAGAUGAAGACCGGGAGAAACAGAAGCAGAAGAAACUGAUGACUACCACAUACGAUAACAAUGCAUUAUUCGGUGAUGGAAACAGUACAAGCAUUAAUCUUGAGGAUGGGAUGAUGAUGAAGGGCCAUACUAACAAAAGUAACUUCUACUGCUGGGAUGACUUUUAUCUCCAUGAUAAUCUAUGCGAUGUCUUAGGUGAUUUAUAUCAAAUCUAA